UUUGAAAAACAAAUUUUAUUUGUCGGCCAACCACUGUCAACCUCAAACCAUCUGACGAACUCCAUCCAUCACUGGGUUGCUGGGGAGCUACUUCAUCAUCCUCAACACGCGAUAUUUCUUCAAACCAAUUCCCGCCUUGCAUCAUCAAGGUUGAUUUAUCUACCUCACAUUUAUUCUUUUUUACAGAGCUCUUGUCAAAUUCUCUCUUAUUAAUUGUUUAACUGCUCAUCCCAAGCCGCUAUAAUGUCUCGAGGAGGUACUACUCUCUACGUGACUGGCUUUAGCCAUGGCACGCGUGCUCGCGACCUCGCCUACGAAUUCGAACGCUAUGGCCGACUUGUCCGUUGUGACAUUCCAGCACCUCGAUCUGCGAGUAGCAGACUGUUCGCCUUUGUGGAGUAUGAGGAUCGUCGUGACGCUGAUGAUGCGUACCACGAGAUGCAUAACAAGCGUAUCGGCCGUGACGAUCUUCUGAAGAUUGAGUGGGCCCGUACUCCUCCGUCUGCGUCUUGGCGUUUCGAUAGUGGUCGUGACCGCGACAGGCGUGACCGUGGAGGCCGAUCUCCCCGUCGCGGCCGUUCGCCUUCUCCCCGCCGCAGCACUCGCGAUUACUCUCCCAGAAAGGACGACCGCCGUGACCGAGACCGCGAUCGCGAUUAUGACCGUGACCGCCGCGAUACCCGCGACCGUUCUCGUUCCCCGGACCCUCGGUACAAAUCCCCGUCCAGCUCACCUAAAGCCCCAGUCAAGGAGCUUACACCUUCACGUAGUGACCGCGACCGCGACGAUCGUGACGAACGCGACCGCCGUGACAACGGUACUAACGGUGAUGAUCGUAAAGCUGUCGACAGUCCUCCUCCUCAACAUGACGACUUGGACGUUGCUGAGUAAUAAGUAUACCUGGCUAUCUUACCUCUUCAGCAGUGGGUUGCAUUUGCAACGUGUGAAUUAGAACUCUCCUUUGUUGUACGGGUGUUUGGCUUUGUGUUUCCUCUGGCUUCCACUCAUAUUCUAGUUCCGAUUUCAUCAUCGACCGGCCUACGACCCUGUGUACACAACUGGCGGGGAGGCUGAAUUUCCGAGACGAUGCAUUUGAUACUACCGAGAAAGAAUCUAGGCUCUUUUCCCUUUCGAGAGGAACGAUAAUCAUAAGAUGAAGGCGGAUGAAGGUAGCAGAGGAUGCGCCUUGAGGAACCAUGUUCCUAAUCAAAAUUAGUUUAGAGCAAAUUCACUUUGACCCUGCGCAUUAUUAAUGAAAAUGAGUUUUUGUUACUUUGUAUCGAUUUAUGCUGUUAACUAAUGGUAAUACUGUAUUGUAUAUUUUAUAAUUGUAUUGGAAGGCCAUCAGAUUCCGUUCUAAUAGCUAAUCAUGAAAGCGUUGUUUA